CUUGAUUAUGAGUGAAAUCUUUACCAAUAGCUACGAGUCUACAGAUAAAAAUUACUGUGCUGAAGUACUAACAUUCUAAUUAAACUAAACUGUGACUUUUUACAUCAUUUAUCUAUUUCCUUAAUCCUUUACUGAUGUACUGUGGUUUACAUAUACAAAGGGUAUCUAAGACUCUGUACUAUAUACACGUUUCAAAGGAGUUUAACAUUUAUACGUAGUUUGUAAAACCUUUUAAUAGUGGACAAACAAUGUGUUUACUGAAUCAUUUUUCUGGUACCACUGUUAUUCAUAAUGCAGAUCCAAGAGAACAUUCACUUUAUUAUUUCUAAGUGUCAGAGUUUGCACUUUAGUCAUAUUGUUGUACCAAUUGUAUUUCGUUGUCACAUAAUAUCUUUAAUAUUCGCGAAUAAAGUACGUUUUGUUACAUUAUUCGAGACUUUUUUAAUUUAACAUGUUUUGUCUGUCUGUCUUUUAGCUAGUUUUGUCAGUAAUGCCAGAAAUGAAAUAAGACAUAUGUAUUUGAUAUGUUAUAUAUGUUCUACAUUUGACGAACGACCUAGAUGCUGAAAAUCAAUUAUAAUCAGUUAUUGGCCAAUUCUGUCAUUUUAACCUAAAUCGAGACAUUAUUUAAGCAGUUGAUUCUUUUCAUGGCAAAAAUAGCUUAUAAGGUGUACGUGUGUAUAGCAAAUAUUCUUCCCAAACUUCUUCCAGUCUGCUUUUAUUCCUGGUCUCACCAUGACCUCGGUAUUUUUGCCUGCUGCUUCUUAUGAGAUUGAGUAUAAGAAUCUCAGCAAAAUAUCAGUUGUUGGUUGUGGAGCCGUUGGAACAUCGAUUGCAUUUUCUCUACUGGAUAUAACUGGUGAAAUUGCUCUGAUUGAUAUCAAUGAAAGUAAAGUAAAGGGUGAAGUCAUGGAUUUGAUGCAAUGUCAGCUGUUCUCCAGAUAUUGUAAAAUUACUGGUGGUUCAGACUUUAAAUUGACGACAAAUUCAGAUAUCAUCGUAGUUACAGCAUGUGUGACCAAUAAAAACGAAAAGCCUGAACAAAAACUAGUAAAAAAUGUUAAACUUUAUCAGGAAAUAAUCCCUAAGCUUGUUUACCAUAGCUCUCAAUGUGUUUUGUUGAUUGUCACAAAUCCAGUUGAUAUAAUGACACUUGUAGCCGCCAAACUCAGCGGUUUCCCGAAACAUCGAGUUUUUGGUACUGGGACAAUUUUAGACUCAGCAAGAUUCUGUUAUCUUCUUGGUCAAAAAUUUAGUGUGGAUGCCUCAUCAGUUCAUGGUUAUAUAAUUGGAGAACUUGGGGAAAAUAGCAUACCUUUAUGGAGUACCGUGAAUAUUGCUGGUGCACGUCUAGUCACCAAAAAUCCACAGAUUGGAAGUGCAAGUGAUCCUGAAAAUUACAAAUUGAUUUAUGAAUCAGCAAUCAAAAGUACAGAAGAACUUAAUCGAUUAAAAGGCUGUAAUUCAUGGUCGAUUGGACUUGCUUGCUGCGCCAUAUGUGACGCUAUAAUACACAAUCUUCAUACCAUUUAUCCAGUCUCAGUAUGCGUUAGAGAUGUGAAUGGGAUUCAAGAAGACGCUUUUCUAAGUUUUCCUUCUUUGAUCAACUCUAAAGGAAUAAGUCAUAUAAUACCACAACAGUUAACUCAUGAUGAAGAAAGAAAAAUAAAACAAUGUGUUCAGGAGCAAAUAAAUAUUGUGAAACACCUAGGCAUAUGAAGCUUCACUGUAAUGGACAUUUUCAGUUUUCGCUGAAUGAAUUUUAUUAUUUAUCCAUUUUUGUCUCAAAUGUACUAACUAUCGACAACAAAUUUGCUCACCUAUUUACUAAAAAUCGUUGUGAUAACUCACUUAUUACGUAAUCGAAAAUUUACCAAUGAAUUACCGAACGUCAUUGAAAUUUUAGCAUUUGACUACUUUCACGACAAAAUUCUGAGCUGAUGAGUUAGGUUGAUAAACGUUUUGUUUCGUCUAAAUCAGUUUACCUCAGUAGUGGAUAUAAAUCAGUGUUAAUGGUGUUUUACAAAUCUAACUUUAUAUUUUGUACUGAAUUACUUAUUUAUAUAUAAUAUAUGUACAAAUCAUGUAACAAUGAACUUGACUUUGUUUUAAUCGUUUAAACAAUACAACCUUGCUGUUACGCUCAUUAUA